CCCAUUUCCAACACACUCUCCUCUCUCUCUCUCUCUAUCUCAGACAACACUGAGAGCCGAUUCUUUAAAUUCCUUCAAAAUUGUAAAAAACUUUUAAUUUAUUAUUCGAUUGAAUUUGUUUAUUCGUCUCUUUGUUUUUACUCAAUCCCCUGUUUCCGGUUCUGUUCGAUUCUUCUCUCUCUCUGUUUUUUUUCUCGUUAUUUUGCAUACCAGCCACAUGCAACUGAUUAUUAUUAUUAUUAUCCAUAUCCAUUGAUUCGCCGGAAAGUUUAUUCUUUUUCCGGCUAGUUAUGCGAAAACCCAUUAAUCGAAUCAUUCUAUGACGAUAUCUUUAUUCAAUCCUGAUUCCAUCAACGACGAGCUAUCCAAACCAACAUCGAUCUUUGGUCUGAAGCUCUGGGUCGUCAUCGGGAUUUUGCUGGGAUCUCUUAUAGUCAUCGCUCUCUUCUUUCUCUCCCUUUGUUUAACCUCUCGCCGGAGACAUCGCAAGCCACGUCACGCCGAUUUCGCAUCCGCAGCCGUAGCCACGCCGCCGGUUUCCAAAGAGAUUCAAGAGAUCGUUAGACCUCCUGCGCAAGACCAUUACCAUCCGACGCAUCCCGUUGCGGCGGAGAUCCAAGUCGACAUCGGGAAGACCGAGCACCGUGUUGUGUUCUCGGGUCGUGUCUCGAGUGGUGAAAGCAGAGGAACAGUGAGUGCUAGUGAAACGGCUUCGUAUUCAGGGAGUGGUUGUGUUGGACCGGAGGUUUCGCAUCUUGGUUGGGGAAGGUGGUAUACUCUUAGAGAGCUCGAAGCUGCGACGAAUGGAUUGUGUGAAGAGAAUGUGAUCGGAGAAGGUGGUUACGGGAUUGUGUAUAGUGGGAUUUUAACUGACGGAACUAAAGUCGCUGUCAAGAACCUGCUCAACAACAGGGGUCAAGCGGAGAAGGAGUUUAGAGUGGAAGUGGAAGCCAUUGGGCGUGUACGGCAUAAGAAUCUCGUUAGGCUUUUAGGGUACUGCGUCGAAGGUGCAUACAGAAUGCUUGUGUAUGACUACGUCGAUAAUGGCAACUUGGAGCAAUGGAUUCAUGGUGAUGUUGGUGACAAAAGUCCUCUGACUUGGGAUAUCCGUACGAACAUAAUACUUGGCAUGGCGAAAGGAUUGGCGUAUCUACACGAAGGUCUUGAACCAAAAGUGGUUCAUCGGGACAUUAAAUCAAGUAAUAUCUUGCUUGAUCGUCAAUGGAAUGCUAAGGUAUCAGAUUUUGGACUUGCUAAGCUGUUGUUCUCGGAGAGCAGUUACGUGACAACACGUGUAAUGGGGACUUUUGGAUAUGUUGCGCCUGAGUAUGCUUGCACGGGAAUGUUGACGGAAAAGAGCGAUAUCUAUAGUUUUGGGAUAUUAAUCAUGGAGAUAAUCACCGGAAGAAACCCAGUUGAUUAUAGUCGACCUCAAGGAGAGGUGAAUUUGGUGGAGUGGCUGAAAUCAAUGGUUGGAAACCGCAGGUCUGAGGAAGUAGUAGAUCCAAAACUACCUGAACCGCCAACUUCAAAAGCUCUUAAACGUGUGUUACUCGUGGCAUUGCGUUGUGUGGAUCCGGAUGCAAAUAAGAGACCUAAAAUGGGUCAUAUUAUACACAUGCUUGAAGCAGAAGACUUGUUCUAUCGUGAUGAACGACGAGCCACGAGGGAGCACACAAGCCGCGAGUAUAACCAACCUGCUGUAGUUUCAGCGGUUGCAGCUGAGACGAGGGAAAGCGACAGUUCAAGAGACAGAAGAUAAAAGAUGUAUGAAGAGACUCUCUACAAAAACAAAAUUUGUUUAAAUUAAGUUUUAUAUGACAUGAUUAUUAUUUUGAUUCUUUCUUGUUUGGGUUAUCCCUGACGUCUAGUUAAGAAUUUUGUCUGUAUAUAUAUUACUUUCGUCCCAA